ACCAAAUAACAGCGGUGGGGUAGAGCAGACGUAAAGAAAGCGACGCACUGCGAAAAAUGCAUAUAGUUAAAAUAGCUAAAAUCGAAAAACGAGCCGCUCUGCUAAAUUAGCAAGCAUUGAUUAAUUGCCAAAUAUACAUUCAAGAGAAUCAAGGUGCGUUGCCGGCGAAGUUGGGGACAGGAGCCAAGCAGAACGGAAGAGCAGAGCACUCAGCCACGGACGAAGAGCAUGAAAAACAGCCAUGCCUUCGGCACGACCUGGUAGUCUCAAGGAUCCGGAAAUAGCCGACCUGUUCAACAAGCAUGAUCCGGAAAAGAUAUUCGAGGACCUGCGCGAAAUCGGCCAUGGCUCGUUCGGGGCUGUCUAUUAUGCGCGGUGCAACCUCACCAAGGAGAUCGUGGCCAUCAAAAAGAUGUCGUACACGGGCAAGCAGAGUCAGGAAAAGUGGCAGGACAUACUCAAGGAGAUACGCUUCCUUCGCCAACUGAACCACCCCAACACCAUUGAGUACAAGGGCUGCUACCUGCGCGAGUCGACUGCCUGGCUGGUGAUGGAGUACUGCGUGGGCUCCGCCUCGGACAUCAUUGAGGUGCACAAGAAGCCCCUUCACGAGGACGAAAUCGCUGCCAUCUGCCUGGGCGUGCUCAGCGGGCUUAGCUAUCUGCACUCGCUGGGGCGCAUCCACCGCGACAUCAAGGCUGGAAACAUUCUGUUGACGGACAACGGCGUGGUGAAGCUCGCUGACUUCGGCAGCGCAGCCAUCAAGUGUCCGGCCAACAGCUUCGUGGGCACUCCCUACUGGAUGGCCCCCGAGGUGAUUCUGGCCAUGGACGAGGGCCAGUACGACGGGAAAGUUGACGUGUGGUCGCUGGGAAUCACCUGUAUUGAGUUGGCGGAACGCAAGCCACCCUACUUCAACAUGAACGCCAUGUCUGCACUCUACCACAUUGCGCAGAACGAGUCGCCCACGCUUCCGAAAAAUGACUGGUCGGACGCCUUUUGCAGCUUCGUGGAGCUGUGCCUCAAGAAGAUGCCCGCGGAGCGACCCUCAUCUGCCAGACUUCUUACCCACGCCUACGUGACCAGGCCCCGCUCCGAGACCGUGCUGCUGGAACUGAUAGCUCGCACUAAGUCGGCGGUGCGGGAGCUAGACAACCUCAACUACCGCAAGAUGAAGAAGAUACUCAUGGUAGACACCUGCGAGACGGAGAGCGCCGUGGGCGACGCAGACGACCAGCAGGACGACCACGCCGGCGGAGACAGCAGCAAGAGCAAUAGUAUUACUUCGGAACACUCCAUACACUCAGUGGGUGUAUCGGCGGCCAGUAGUCAGAGCUCCUCAUCCAACUCCAUACCAGCUGCGGCCCAGAAUCAUCACCAUAUCGCGGCACACCACCACCAGCUAGCAGCAGCCGCCGCGGCGGUGUCCAUGCACCACCACCACCACCCGCACCAACAGCCUCAGCCCAGUUGGCCCAGUGGUCAGCAGUCGCAGGCGGGCCCGGCCGGUGCCGUGUCCCGCAACUCCUCGCGCCAUCGCAACCGGCCGCCGAUGCCUAACAUAAUGCACAGCAUGAACAACAACGUGACGCCCACGAACUCGGCAUCAGUAGUUCCGGCCCCUGCCCCUGCGCCGGCUCUUCCGCUCUCCGUGUUGCCGCACUUGGGUACUACGAGCCAUGGAGUGGUUGGAGUUGGCAGCACAGGCACAGGCGGCAGCAGCGGAGGCUCUCCGGCUUCGGGAGGUCCCUUGGCGGAUCGGAUGCAGCCCAUCCAGCCGCGCUAUCUGACAACGCCCGCCGCCCAGGCGGCCGUCUUCGCAGCUAGCUCAGCCUCCUCGCAACAAGCCAUCUCGAACGCGGUGAACGACCACGGACCCAACAACUUUGCCACCAUCCGGACGACGAGCAUCGUGACGAAGCAGCAGAAGGAGCACAUGCAGGAGGAGAUGCACGAACAAAUGUCCGGCUAUAAGAGGAUGCGGCGGGAGCACCAAGCGCAUCUGGUUAAGCUGGAGGAGAAGUGCAAGGUCGACAUGGAAGCGCACAAGACGGCUCUGGACAAGGAGUAUGAUACGCUUCUGCACAACUUCACCAGAGAACUCGAACGGCUAGAGAGCAAGCACCAGCAGGACGUGGAGCGCCGCGUCAAGCAGACGAGCGCCGCCGAGAAGAAACUACACAAAGAGAUUACACAGAAGCAAGAGGGUGACCGCAAGGCAUAUGACCUUAACCGAAAGAAGGAGUACAAGGCGAACAAGGAGCGCUGGAAGCGGGAGCUCUCCAUGGACGAUUCCACGCCCAAGCGGCAGCGCGACCUUACCCUUCAGUCGCAGAAGGACACCCUGAAACAGCAUGAGGCGCAGGAGGAACAGCGCAUGCUUCAGGCGCAGAAGCAGUACAUCGAUCUGGAGAUGCGGAAGUUCAAGCGCAAGCGCAUGAUCAUGCAGCACGAGCACGAGGAUCAGCAACUGCGCGAUGAGCUCAGUAAAAAAGAGCAGCAGCUGCAGCAGGCCCAUGCCAUGCUUCUAAAGCACCACGAAAAGACACAGGAACUAGAGUACCGUCAGCAGAAGAGCGUUCACCAGUUGCGCGAGGAGCAGAUAAACAAGCAACACGACACAGAGUUGCACAAUCAAAAAGACUACAUGGACCGCAUCAAGAAGGAGCUGGUGCGGAAGCACGCGCUCGAACUGAGGCAGCAGCCCAAGAGCCUGAAGCAAAAGGAGCUCCUCAUCCGGAAGCAAUUCCGGGAGACGUGCAAGACGCAGACGAAGCAAUACAAGCGCUACAAGGCCCAAGUGCUGCAGACGACGCCAAAAGAGCAACAAAAAGAAGUCAUUAAACAGCUUAAGGAAGAGAAACACAGAAAACUGACGUUGCUGGGAGAACAGUACGAGCAGAGCAUUGCGGACAUGUUCCAGAGUCAAAGCUAUAAACUGGAUGAGAGCCAGGUGAUCGAGUGCCAACGGACCCACGAGCAGCUGGAGUACGAGCUGGAGAUGCUGACCGCCUACCAGAACAAGAACAAAAAGCAGGCGCAGGAGCAACGCGAUCGCGAACGCCGAGAGCUUGAGAACCGCGUUAGCGUACGUCGUGGUCUUCUCGAGAACAAGAUGGACGCCGAGCUGCAGCAGUUUAAUCAGGAACGCGCCGAGCGGUUACGCAUGAAACACGAGAAACAUACUAAAGAGUUGGAAGCAUUUGAUAACGAAUCGAUUUCCCUAGGUUUCAGCACUUUAUCGCUAAUUGAGGUAUCCCGUGAAGCCUAUCCAGAUGAGGAGGGAAGUUUGUCUGGAUCCAUGAUUAGUUUAGCCCAUAGCAAUAGUUCCACAAGUUUUCCGGCUGGUUCGCUAUAGCAUAGACAACAACAACCACAAUAUCAUCAACAACAACAAAAACCACAACAAUGCCAACAACAACAAUCGCAAUAUGUGUUUAGUAAUAUGGUCUACUUAAAUUUUAAUGGAAACUACAAGCCAACACCAACAGCCACGUCAGCAACAAAUCGAUCCCAACAAAACCACUCGGAGUCGCAGCAAUAGGCCCUGGCUCUUUCAAUUAUCCAGGAGUCCUGGCUUGCGUUGUCGCGUUGUCAUUGUAGAAACUGAGAAGCAAACAAUUAGUUGCGCAAAAGCACGAAAGCCCCAAGUAUUUUCUAUCAGCUUCGAGGUCCGGCGAGGCAGGAGCUGCAAUAGUUUUGUAUUUAAUGAAAUUUCGACUCUAGAAGACAAGAAAAAGAUCAUCAAAUAAUUCAAUUUGCAACAAUUAAAUACAAGAGCAAUCAAAAACAGAAUACGGAGGAAACAAAAAAACAAGAAACAGAAAACAUAAAUACAUAAUUAUAAAUGUAAGCCUAAAUGUCAUACAAAAACAAUAACACAAGACACAAAUGAAACAAAGGAGCGUGGAGAGAACGACUUCAAAAUUUUGUACGCAAAGUGAAUAAGUUUACGUUAAAAUUAUAAUUUGAUAUUAUUACCGAGUAACUGAGUGAAUCACAGUUUGGUUUUGUUAACCAUCGCUCUCGCACCGCAACAAUGUCGUAAAUAGAUUUAUUGUGUGUAUUUGUUAAAACACUCGCGAGUACUGAUCGCGAGAUUCGGUUUGAUUCGCAAUCGAAAUCGCAUUCGCAUUCAAAUUUGCGAGCUUAAUGUUAUUUUCAAUUGAUAGCCGGGAGGUACUGCGGUCGCAGUUGCCUGGAAACAUGUCGAUUGCCAUUUGAAUGUUGUUAGGUUCCAAAUUCCCGACUUACGUUAUGUUUUUCUUAUUUUGGUUUGAUAAAAAAUGUAUUUUUAACGGAGAACGAAGGACGCAGAAGCUUCAUUUACCAAUUUAUCAUUUUAUUUGCUGUACGCGAAAGUUUUAUGGCCAAAUUGAUAAUUGAUUAUGAACACAGCAGAAGCAGAAGCAAGAAGCAAGAAGCAAAAAUUCUAAUGCAUAAAGUUAGUUUUGUUUACAAUUUAGUUUUGUUUGUUAUAACAAAAGGAUUUAAAGUAAUAAAUACAUUAACUAAAAUAAGCCUAUUUUAGAGUUAAUUAAUGCAAAUUGCAAAAUGCUUAGUCAAAACAAUAAAAAUUGUAUAGAAAAUUAAUGCAUAUAACGUUUAAUUAUUUAAAGAUUUAAGUUAACGAAAAUGUUAUUUUCGAUUGGUCGUAUCUUGCAAAUUAUGCAAACUAACACAGAGCUACUCAUACACACACAAAGAUACAUUCAUAAUGAAAAUUAUACAACAAGAAAAAAUGAAGAAAACCAAUUGUAGCAUUUUACACUCUAGUGAACAGAUCAAAGUAGCAUGCGGGAAAUCCAAUUACUAAUCCAAUUAAACACUUAUGUUCGAAGAUAUCUUAAAUAGUCGUUCGGUGGCUAGGAGGAUAAAGCAGACGACGAAUCAAAACUUAUUCCGGACCAGAACCGGACACAGCAGUUCACUUCUUCAGUUUUCCGUUUUCAGUUCAUAAGGGUCAAGGGUGACGCUAUAAAUGUCAUUAUUACACUCGUGUACUACUCUGGUACGCGGCUGCUAAUUCCUGUGGCAUGUCUCGACUGUUCCAAGCAUCGACGACAGACAACCGACAACCAACCCUUACCGCCUUUAAAACAUAAGGUACACGACACAGAAAGGGAGAGAAGCCGAAGAGCAGCCAGGGAGACAAAAUAUGUAAUAUUUUUUAUGUUUAUACAUUUUUUUUAUUAUAAUUAUAACAAUAUGAAUUGUAUUUUUGCAAUUAUCGUAAAGAAGAAGGCGAACGAAUAAGAAUUAAAUUGAUGCACAUCAAUGUCAAUAAAAUAAAACUUAUUUAAAAGUAAAA